AUGACGUAUUUGGUUGUGAUCGUGUUUGUCGCAGGAAGGCCUUCGUGUGACUGUGGUGACGAAUAUGACCCGUGGUGUGGAGACGAAGGGACCUACAGCAACCUCUGUCAAUUGGAGUGCGCGGGUGACGAAAUAGAAGGCCAUGACACGUGUGAAAAUAUCGAGAAAUGUUUGGAUAAUUUACCGGACAUAAACGACGGACCCGAAGUUUGUGCCGAACAUGGUAUUACAUUCGACAGUAUACAGGAGAUGAAAUGCCAUAAAUUGUGUUUGGUGCACAAUGGUGAGUGUGAAAACUGA